AUGUCGAAUGAAGUUGAGGUAGAAUCGGUUCAACUGAGUAAUAAAAAUGAGUACAAGGACUUGAAAGCUUGGUUGGCGAAGUCGAAUUGCCAACAUUUGUUAUCGAAGUUUGUGGAAAACGGGAUUACUUUUGAUCUUUUACCCGCGUUGGACUCGUUUGGUUUGAAAGAAUUGGGUGUUUCAAAGGUUGGAGAUCGACUAAGGUUAGAAAUCGCUAUAAGCGAACUAAAAACCCAACACUUGGAAAAAUGUAUUGAUAUAAAUGAGUUAUACCAAAAAUUGCACCUUGAAAUGAGUUCUCAAGUAGGCGCAAGUAGUUCUGGUGAAUUAAAUCGGUAUACUCCAAGUGACGGGACUUUUGCACUACAGCUGAGUUAUAAAGAUGUUAGCCAGGCGAACUUAGCACAACAAAAUUCAGCUCCUGUUAAGGACACAAACAAGAAUAUAACUUUUAUUUUACAUGAUGGAAGCAUAAAGAGAGUCAAUGUGGCAGGUUGUUUCAACGCGCAGGCAAUCAAGCGCAAAGUUGCAAAGAAAUUGGGAUUCAAGACGCAAGAAGCUCAAUUCGACACAUAUAUACAUUCCUCUCACGACGAAAAUAGAAACUAUUAUGAACGAUAUGAGCCUUCAGUGAUAAUGUUAUAUGACGUUGAGUUGGUGACAAUUUGUUAUUCACCGGAACGAUUGGAAAAACAUAGGAUAAUAUUGGUUCCAAAAGAUGAAACCCCCACACAAGCCGCGAUAGAGACUUCUAGGAUGAUUAUGGAUAAAUACUCCAAAGGUGUGAGCCACAGCAAUGCACUAGGGGAAAGUAAUAGUCCAUCGAAACAAUACAAAGAAAGAGAAAGAAGAUUGCAAAAGUCAACUUUACGAAACUUUUUUGGCCAGCGACCGCCUAGUGAAUUGAUCUCGUCAAACUUGGCCGAGUAUUUUCCAGAUACCAGACAAAGUGAUCUUGAAAAGACUGUACGAAAUUCCGUACGACACAGUGUGAGAUUAAGUAGACGCUUUAAUUUACCUCUAGGAGCAUUUUCAUCAAGCUCUGUUGCCGUUCAUAAAAGAGCUUCAAUUAUGAGCAAUUCAACUGGAAUUCCUUCGCAAAGAACUUUGAGUAUAUCCUCCGCGGAACAGAUUACCGGAGGAAUACGUCAGGGGCAAAAGACGGUUGGAGAUAUUGUAAUGAAUAAUAUCACAUCCAUUGACGAAGCCGUAAACUCAAGAGAUACUUUGAAUAUGUUCAACAAGCCUUCUACUAGCUUCAAUAAUCAAGGUUUAAAUAUUGGAUUAUCGCCACCCAUGUUGGCACAAUCCCACACAAAUUCAGCAGCUCCGAACCUUGACGCAAGUUUAAGGAGCUUUAGCGGUGGUGGUGGUGGUGGUGGUGGUAGUAGUAGUAAAGCAAUUCAUCGGAUAUCGAUUUCUACAAACUACAGCGACAAUCCUAUCAACAAUAGACACUCUACCAUUGAAUUGAUGAAUACUAGUGAUGAUUCCGAAGGUGAAGAGGAUGAAUAUAACGAAUAUGUUGCCUCAGAAUCAGGUUUAUUAGCUAGCGACACGGAGAACCGUGUACCUGAGAAUUGGUUGAAAGGAGCAAAAAUUGGUUCUGGAAGUUUUGGAACAGUUUAUCUUGGCAUGAAUCCUUACACAGGUGAGUUAAUGGUUGUGAAACAGAUUCCUUUGAGGCCAAAUCUGCAGUCAACGCAGUCGUCACAACAGCAGCACCAAACUGAAGAGCAUGGAAUGCAAAAAAGGAGUGCUUUUGGGCAGCAGCAGCAGCAGCAGCAAGAGCAGCAGAAGCAGAAGCAGAAGCAAUCGUUGUCGUCGUCAUCGUCUUCGAGUGACCCUUUGCAGAAAAUUAUGGCUGAGCAACAAAGAGAAAUGACAUUUUUGAAAGAGUUGAAUCAUGAAAAUAUAGUUAGAUACUUUGGAAGCUCGAUAGAUGACCAGUAUUUAAAUAUAUUCUUGGAGUACAUUCCUGGUGGAUCGGUACAAAGUAUGUUGAAUUCGUAUGGGCCAUUUGAGGAACCGUUAAUUAGAAACUUUAUUCGGCAAGUAUUGAUUGGUUUGAGUUAUUUGCAUGGCGAAGAUAUAAUUCAUAGGGACAUCAAGGGUGCCAAUAUUUUGAUUGAUAUCAAAGGAACUGUAAAGAUUGGAGACUUUGGUAUUUCUAAGAAAGUGAGUACUAUUAACGAGGAAGAUGACGAUUUUAAAAAGACAGGUAAGAGGGCAUCGUUGCAGGGCUCUGUGUUUUGGAUGGCUCCCGAAGUUGUUAAGCAAACUACAUACACGAAAAAAGCCGAUAUUUGGUCUGUUGGUUGUGUUAUUGUAGAAAUGUUUACUGGAAGACACCCUUUCCCUGGCCUUAGUCAAAUGCAGGCUCUUUUCAAGAUUGGGAACCACGUGUCGCCGGAGAUACCUGAAUGGUGCACUAUGGAAGCAAAAGCAUUUUUGAAAAAGACGUUUGAAUUAAAUUUCGAAAAGAGGCCUAAUGCAGUUGAGUUAUUACCUGAUCAAUUUUUGAAUCCGUUGAUUAUGUCAAAACAGUAG